CUAUGUAGUGUAUGUGUGUUUGGUGUGUGUGUAUGUCUGUGUGUGUAAGAGAAAGCCAGUGAGAGACAGAGAAAGAUAGAUAAACAGAGAAAGCCAAGGGAGUGACCCUGACAAGGGAACAAGGAAGAAAACAAAGAGACUUAAAGUUAUUGAGAAAGAAAGUGUGUGUGUGUGAGAGAGACAGGGAGAAAGAGAAGGUCAUCAAGUCUCUCUGCAAGCUUUGGAGGUUAUCGCUAGCACGCUACUCAAAGGGUAGUCUCUGUAGGAAAGAGAGAGACAGACAAAAAGAGAGGAUAUCCCACUCUCCGAGUUUAGAGAGGAAGAGAAAGUAUGCCGAGUUAGCCUUUAGCAUUAGCCAUGGAGUACCAGGUGGAGGAAGACGAUGGAACCUUCACCAACAUCUCGCUAGCUGACGACACAGUGGACAGAGGAACUGCAGCCCUGUAUAUCAAACCGGACAACGAUCUCUUCGCCAUGAACUGCGACAUGGAUGGAGACAUGGAGAACCAAGUAGAAGUGGAGGAGAAGACGAGGCUUAUCAACCAGGUUCUGGAGCUGCAACACACACUGGAAGACCUAUCGGCAAGGGUGGAUGCCGUCAAGGAGGAGAACCUCAAGCUGAAAUCGGAGAACCAGGUUCUGGGCCAGUACAUUGAGAACUUGAUGUCGGCCUCCAGUGUGUUCCAGACCACGGACACCAAAAGCAAACGGAAGUAGCCAACGUCGGAGGAUGAAUCCUAGAAUCCCAAAACAUAAAUACAGUCUAGGUUGAAGUUACCUCCAACAAAUGAUCCAGUAUCGGCUGUUUUCUAACUCGUCAACUAGUUAGAGAGGGAUCUCACUUUUGAUCAAAUGUUGUUGGUACUUUGAACCUAGAGGCUCAUAUGCAUCUUGUAAUUAAUCCAUCUCCACUCCUAAACCAACAUAUCCUGGCUCUGUCAGAAUACUGUGGAAAUGCAUAUUUCCUUCCUCCCAUGAGGUAAUUAUUGAUUCUUUAUGAUGUGAUUGGCCACAGUUCUAGAUUAACUUGGCCAAUCAAGUCAUAGUGAGAAAGGGGUAUUCUGACAGGGCCCCUGAGUCCAGUUUAUCCCUGAUUGACCUUUACCUCAUAACAUCAACACAAACCUUCAGUCAAAUUUAAUUUAACUUUUCUUUAAAUCUAUUUUGUUUUACCUUCUCGUCAUUGUCAUAAUGAUGUCUUACAUAUUUAACUGGUUUGAUCGAGAUUGGAGAGGACAGUGUUAUUGAAUAUAAAUAUUAAGAUAUUUGAAUAGCAUGGAAAUGUGAUUAAUUAACGUAUUAUUCAUGCACUCCAUGAGAUUUUCUGUUUUCUUUGUCUAAUGUUAGCCAAUAGCUAACUAAUAGCUAAAUUGACUAAAUGUCUCACAGCCAGAUGUUCCACUGGUUGAACACUACUGGCUUAAACUAUGAUUCAGGUGAUGACUGAGCUACUAAUGUACUCAUUCAAAUAUGUUUUAAUGUAUCAUCACUGGUGGUACGCAUCCAGUAUGAAUUUAGGCCUUUGUUUUGACGAGAGUGCAAGGCUUUUCGUUGAUGAUGUGUUAGGUGGGGGGGAAGCAUAUAAAAACUGAUGUGUAAAAGUGUUUUACAGAUAGUCAUACAGUAAUGUUUCUUGCUGCACAUUAAAAGGUUGCAGACUUAACGCUGUGUAAAACUGAGUGGUGGUUACAAGUUCAGACCCUACAGAAUAUCUUUUGGCAGCCUCCAUCUCAGCUGAGGAGUAGAGAAGAUAUGGAGAGGGUAGUUGGCAGAGCCCUUCCCUUACUGAAACUGUAAAAGAGGAGUAAAUAGGCCUUGAGUGCUAUUGAUCCAAUCAUUCAGACCUGUAGAACCACCUCUGCAAGAGAUCCAGACCACACUCUGUCUGGAUCUGUGCAUUAGCCAAGUCAUGUGCUGACCGGAAACUUCUGUUCCGUAAUAGGAAAAAAAUGGAUUCUGGAAGGCUGUACGCGGAGGCUUUUUAAAAAGAUAUAUAUAUAUAAAUAUAUGGAGGAAAGUAGUAAAAUAACGGUAGAGAAAGGGAAUAUUUCACUUUGGGUGCUAAAAGUAGAUUUAAAGGGAAUUUCUGGAAGGUCCCACUACACAAAAACACAGUGCAUCUCAUAAUGUAUGUUUUAUUUUAAAUUGAAUUAUUUUGUAUUUUUUUAUGUUCAGCAGUUGUGUAAUGUGCUCCAAUUUCUCCCUCUGUUCUCAGGCAUGUUGAGUAUGCCCCACUACACACAACCUAUGAGACAAACUGCCUUGUGUGUAGAUAAUGUGUAAAUGUUAUGACUGUGUUGACUUUUAACACUUUGUUUUAAUAAAAAUACUUUUACUGACUUAAUUUGCCUGUUGUGAUAUCCAUUAAAUAAAAAGGCCACAAAAGCUUA